GGUAGUGAAUUUGCAGUUGGGGACUGAGAAAAUCCAUACAGGAAGCAAAACAAAGGAGAAAUCUCAGGCCGCUGGGGCUGAGGACGCUGAGAGGGCGCUUCUGACAUAGAUGAAGUUGAUAAAGAAAAGUGCGAUCGCUGGGAGCUGGGACAGCCGCCCGCGGGAAGGGGGGCAGGCACCCGGAUCCGCCGGCCGCUCCUCCGUUCUCAGGAAAAGAGCCAGAAGGUGCAAUUAUGCAUAAAGCAACGGCAGGAGGAAUUAAAAAGCAGAUUUCAAGCGUGGCCGCCUCGCUGGAGCCUCGGCAAUGAAUGGGCACUCGCUGCCGGCCGGCACGCCAGCGCAUCCCCGGGGCUGGCAUGAGUUCUGCGAGCUGCACGCCAUCAGCACCGCCAAGGAGCUGGCGCGGCACUACCUGCGCUUUGCCACCGAGCACCCGCACCAUGACCUGCUGGCCGCCGAGAACUUCUCGGUGCAGUUCACCGACCUCUUCCAGCAGUACUUCUGCCACGAGGUGAAGGAGGGCAUCGCCAUGAACCAGCUCCGCAUCCUGCCCGCCGGCCCGGCGCGGGAUUACCGGGACACGCACCGGCGGCACACCGACGCUUCCCUGGGCACGGCGGCCACCAAAGCCGAGGCGGAGCCCGGCGCCCGCCCCGAGCAGCCCGUCCGAGCCCCCGAGGCUGCUCCCUCUGGGCUGCGCAAGUCCUGGAGCUCGGAGGAGCUGGCGGGGCCGGCGCGGAGGCCCUUCUCGCUCAGCCAGCUGCGCAGGAGCUGGCGCAGCCUCUUCCGACGCCGCUCCUCGGACGCGCUGCCCGGGGAUGGCGAUGGGGAGGCGGCGGAGGCGGCUCUCAAGCCGGGACUGGGGAAGCGCAUCCUGCCCUGGGGGCUGUCGCGGGAGCAGCCCCCCGAGGUGCGCAAGGAGGGGCUGCUCAAGUACGGGCUGCUGGAUGAGAAUUCCCUGGACAGCGGGACGCGCUGGCAGCGCUGCCGCCUGGUGCUGCGGCGAGCGGGGCCGCCCGACGCUGAGGAAUUCGUGCUGGAGCUCUUCGACCCGCCCAAGGGCUCCAAGCCCAAGCUGCUCGUCGCCUGCUCCGCUGUGCAGGAGGUGCGGAGGUGCACACGCCUCGAGAUGCCCGAUAACCUCCACACCUUUGUCCUCAAGGUCACCAAUGCCACCGACAUCCUGUUUGAGGCAGGGGAUGAGCAGCAGCUCAGCUGCUGGACGGCCGAGAUCCGGGAGUGUGUGCACAGGGGCAGGUCUGACACAGGUGACCCUGAGCUCCUGACGUGCCGACACCCCGACCCUACAGCCGCCAGCCCCGCCACCAGCACCGACCCCGUCAGCCAAGGGGCGACUCCGGGGGGCCCGGGGGAGGCGGCGGGGCCGAAGAUGGAGCAGUUCCUCUCCUCCUGCCCCUGGUUCCACGGGCCCAUCUCCCGCGUGAAGGCGGCUCAGCUGGUGCAGCUGGGGGGGCUGGAGGGCCACGGCGUGUUCCUGGUGCGGCAGAGCGAGACGCGCCGCGGCGAGUACGUGCUCACCUUCAACUUCCAGGGCAGAGCCAAGCACCUGAGGCUGGCGCUGACAGAGCGGGGCCAGUGCCGGGUGCAGCACCUGCGCUUCUCCUCCAUCGUGGAGAUGCUGCAGCACUUCCACCGCUACCCCAUCCCGCUGGAGUGCGGCUCCGCCUGCGACGUGCGGCUCUCCAGCUACGUCGUGGUCCUGCCACAGGCACAAGCUCCCGGCUCCAGCACCACGGUCCCUCUCCCACUGCCCUUCCCAGGCUGGAGCCCCGAGUUCAGCCUCAUCCCUGCCAGCUCCUCCUGCCCUCACGGCCCCGAUGAGCCCCCCGGGGCUCCCCCAGCGGAGCAGAUCUUCCACCUGGUGCCACCACCAGCUGAGCUGGCACAGAGCCUGCGCCCGGCCAGGGCCAGCACGGCCAGCACGGCCCGGCCCCGUGACUCGGACUAUGAGGUGGAGGCACCAGGCAGGGGCCACGUCCGUGCCAUUGACAACCAGUACACGCCACUGUGACCAGCACAGCCGGCACUGGGAUGCACUUUCGGGUGGAGAAAUCCUGGAGACCUUCUGGGGGAUCCAUCGAGAGAAAGAAUGUACCUGUUUCUUCCUUCUGGUUAGGGAUUAUUAUUGUAUUUUUUGCAAGGAAGGGGGUAAUUUUUCACUCCUGUACGGGUGUGCUCCCUCUCGUUGGCCUGUUAAAGGGCCUCUUAUUGUUGUUUUUGUUGUUCUUAUGGAAGCUUUCUCGUUACUGUUUACACAAUGCCACUUGUGCCUGCGCUGGGCCUGGUGUCCUUCCUGUCCCUGACACGACAGAGCCCAGCCAAGGAAGCAGGGGCUUGUGUUCCACCCACGGAAUUGGAGGAAGUUAAAAAAAAAAAAACAGGAUAACAAGAAAAGAAUGAUUAUAAAUCCAUUGCCAAGUUGCUGCUCCAGGCCUCAUCCUCCUUGCCCCGGCUGCUGAACCCACCAGACCUGAGCUGAGCUCCCACGAAGGGUGGUGAGCAGGGUUUGGGCAUUUUUUUUUAAUAGCUAAGGCAAAAACUGGCUUUUUCUUGCUUUUCCUUUUUAACCCAGCACAGCCGUGGUCACUCCCUGCGCCAGGCAGAGGGAUCCUCAUCCUGCUCUCCCAGCUGAUUGAGACUGAACACUAAUUGCUCCAUCCUUAGCCAUGGCACCAGCUGAGAACUAACAUAGAGACUGACACAAACCUCUCCUGCUGGUGAGGGAGGGGUUUAUCCCGUUGUAUCCUGGUGAUGGAGGCUUUUUAUCCCUGUGGUGAAUGGGUUUUUAUCCUGGUGAUGGAGGCGUUUUUGUCCCGGUGAUGGAGCCGUUUUAUCCUGGUGAUGGAACCGUUUUAUCCCAGUGAUUUUAGGCACAAAUCUAAAGUCAGUUUUCCCCUACUCUUGCUUGCCUUUUUCCCCCCAAAACCUGUCACCAGGGGCUUGCUGGCAUUUAAAGCUCCACCACGGCCUCUUGCAGGCGAUGGGGGUCCCUGGGGACCAAAUUUGGGGUCCAAAUCCCUGGGUCUCAGCAUCCUCUGGCCCCCAGGUGUCCCCAAACUCUGCUGCUGUUCCUGAGCCCCCUGGGCUGCUUCACCUGCCUGGGGCAGCCGUGAGAGAGGAAGCCCUUCUGAGAAGUUGCCUUUAUUUUAGGAAAGAGGAAGGGCUGGAGCCGUUGCGCCACACAGGAGGGGAUGUUCACAGUAUUCAACUUCCAGAUUUCCCAGCACAGCCUUCCCUGGGAUUUUGGAUGCAAAACUUGCCUUGAGAUUGCCUUACAGAAAGCUUUUCUUUAUUCCUGUUUUCCUUGGAAUUGCAAUACAGGUGGGAGCCCUCAGGAGCAUUAACAUUUCGCAAUUAAUCUGAAAACCAGCAAACACACAAAGCCUCGUUGGGCUGAGUUAGGGAAUUGCACAAAACCCCAGCUUCUAGGACAGGGUUUUGCAGGUUCUGGGUGAGCCCAAAGUCCAAGGAGAUAAGGUCAGGAGCUGAAAGGCAAACAGCCCAGGAAGCAGCCAUGAGAGCAAAUCUGGGUUUAUAAAUCAAACUAUGAGGCUGGGACAAACGGGAACCAUCAACUGGAGAAACCAUUUAGGUUUUCCUUUCGUGCCUCCCCGUUGCUUGCUCUUGCUCCCUCCUUGGCUUUGUGCAUUUAGAGCAGGCAAAGGCUUUUUUUCCCCCCCUGCUUUCUCCACACUUGUGCCUGAAACUGGAGCACUAAGAGCAAAUUGCACUGGUCCUGCAGCACUGGCAGCCCCGGAGAGGCUGACGGAGGAACAAAGGCAGCCCUGUCCUCGCUGGGCUCCUCAGCUGUAUCCGCAUCCCAUUCUCCUCCCUGGAGCAGCACAAAGGCUGCAGCCAGAGGCAGGAGCACAUCCCCAGGGCUGGCUUGUGCCAGGCAAGGCAGCUCCCUCCCAGGCUCAUAAAUAACUCCCCGUGCUCUUGCAUUUAUAGGGAUGGGGAAGGGAAGGGGGGACAGCACAGCACAAGUUGUCGUUUCCUUUCCUCGCUUGCUGCCUGCUUCCCAAAGCCUUGGGAGAGCACAGGGAUGUGCUAAAUCUUGCUAAGAUUGCUGGUUUUAGUCCCACUGAGCUCCAGGGAGCUGUGCUCAAAGGGGUUUUCCCCCAAAAGGCGAGGUGGAAUCACCCGAAUCUCCCGACAUCUGCAAAGAAAGGAUGGGCUGGGAAAAGGCAGUGCUAUUCACAUCCCCUGCCAGAUGAAUCCAGAGAAAUCCUUGCCAGAUAAAUCAGAUGCUGCUGGGGUGGGUUGUUUUGGCAUGCCAGGACUUUAUUGUUCCAGUGCCAGAACUGAAACAUGCGUGUGCAUGUGGUAUUUUUAACCUGCAGUUUAAUUACAAGGGGCUUCUCCGCAGUUUAAAUGGAAAUUGCUGUGCUUGAUUAGUAAAAUACACGUUGGGUUCAUUAUCUCCCUGCCAGCCACUUCCCCCAUGCAAACAAACUCCAGUGGGGGAGAACUCCUGUUCUCCCCACCAGUGAGCAGUGGGAGAGUCCCUCUGAUUAUUUAUUUUAAUAAUUAUUUAACUAAUUCCAUCCCCAAACUCACCCACAGGCAGCCGAGGGCUGUCCAGCCCUGCCAGCUCCACCAGCUCCUCAUUUCACAUCCACUGCUGGGGAUUUUUGGGCUCUUUCCCAAGCUCCCAAGGGGGAGCUGAGUUUGAAAUCCCAUUUCUCCCAGAAAAUAUCUGGCUUGUGACACAGGUCAGAGCAGGACUCUGCUCCUGCCAGCACAUUACUGCAGCCCUAAGGUACUCGCUCCUCUGCAUUACAGCAGUGGGCAAAGAGCAUUAAAGCCAUUCCACCCUAUGGAAUAGAAGCAUUUUGCAGGAUUUUUAUGUUCUUGUGACUUGAGAGAAGAGCCCAGGGCUGGGCAGGUUUGGUUCCCCAGCCCCUGUGGGGUUUUACUGGCAUUUGAGGCAGUUUUGGGAGGAGGGGAAGCCAAGGGCAGGUGGCCCCUGGUCAGGUGUGGGCAGCAGUUUGUUCCUUGGCCCUGGAGAGGGGCACGUGGAUCACGAGUUUGGAUCCCACCGAAGGAAGGCAGGAGCCACAGGAGCAGCUCUUGGAGCUGGCCCUGCCCAAAGGAGAGGCUGGGGGUGGGCAGCCCCAUUUCAUCCAGCUACACAGGACAGUUUUUAGCAAUAAAAAUGGAAACCGAGCAGUGCCUUUGCUCUGUGACAGCAGGGACUUGGUUUAGGGCACAAUCCAAAACUCAGGUCCUGCCAGAAUUCUCCCUCCUCUUCCUCUUGCUGUUUGCUGAGCCACUCCUGCUUGGUGGCCUUUGUGUCCCCAAGGGUGCCAGGUUCUGAAGGAGCUCCUGCCAUGAAGCAUUAGUGGAUGUUUCCCUCCCUCCCUCCCAGCUCGCAGCCCAGCAGGUACCGAACACUGACACCACCAUUCCUCACCCAUCCCUUUGGAUUGAAGCUAUUUUGGGGUGAAACUCCUAGGAAAACAUCCAGGGAGAAGCCAAAGCUUCUCAUUCCUCAUCUGGACCACCAAACCCCGGUGUCAUCCAGCAUUCCAAACUUUUAGCUUUGAUCCAAACAGCCCCAACAUUGCCCAGCAGGUCCCAGAGGCAGGGAGGUGACUCUGUAUUCCCUAACUCAGCCUUCAGCAGGACGAUUAAAGCCAACAAUUUUGUUGGGAGUGUAUUAAUUUGAAAGUUCUACUUUUCACCUGCACAGAAAAGUUCUUCUUGUAAUUUUUUCUAUAUAUUGUUUCUGUAUGUACUGUACAAGUAACUUAUUCUUGAAUAAUGCGAUUUUACCAUAAUAUUAAAAAAAAAAAUCUGCUCUUAA